UUUAUUUCAGGAGUUGUACUUCUUAUGAUAUGGUGUAUGUGUUGGUCAUUCUCAGGCCCUGAAGUUCUCCCUGGUGGAAAUUUAUUUGGACUGUUAAUUAUCUUUUUUAGUGCCAUUAUUGGGGGAAAACUUUUGGAACUCAUUAGAAUACCUUCAGUGCCUCAGCUUCCACCUCUUCUUGGGAUGUUACUGGCUGGUUUUACCAUCAGGAAUGUUCCAUAUCUCAGUGAACGCAUCCGUGUUAGUAACACAUGGUCUUUAACUUUAAGAAAUACUGCCCUUACCAUUAUCCUAAUACAAGCUGGACUUGGACUGGAUUCACAGGCUUUGAAGCAUUUAAAGGGAGUUUGUUUAAGAUUGGCUAUGGGUCCAUGCCUCAUGGAGGCAUGUGCAACUGCUGUUAUUUCCCACUUUCUUUUGAAUUUUCCCUGGCAAUGGGGAUUUCUAUUAGGUUUUGUAAUAGGUGCCGUCUCUCCAGCUGUUGUUAUCCCUUCCAUGCUACUUUUGCAAGAAAAUGGAUAUGGUAUUGAGAAAGGCAUUCCGACGUUGCUAAUAGCUGCUAGCAGUUUAGACGACAUCCUGGCUAUCACUGGAUUCAAUACAUGCUUCAGCAUAGUCUUCUCCUCAGGUAGUAUACUUAAUAAUGUCCUAGCCCCUUUUCGGGACAUACUUGUUGGUAUACUGACAGGAGCUGUUUUGGGAAUUUUUGUUCAAUAUUUCCCAAGUGAAGAUCAGACAAGACUUCCAUUAAAGAGAGCAUUCCUUGUUGUGAGUAUGGGUGUCUCUGCCGUCUUAGGCAGCCAUCAGAUCGGUUUACAUGGAGCUGGAGAAUUAUGCAUACUAGUGUUGUCUUUUGUUGCAGGAAUGAAUUGGUCCAAAGAAAAGAUCAGAGUCCAAGUCAUUAUUAAAGCUGUAUGGGAUAUUUUUCAACCCCUUCUUUUUGGUUUGGUUGGAUCGGAAGUAUCUGUUGCAUCUCUUAAAUCAAAUGUUAUUGGCAUUUGUGUUGCUACCAUCAGUUUGGCAUUAUUGGUUCGAAUUUGUUUUACAUUUACAUUGAUGUGUUUUGCUGGUUUUAAUUUGAAGGAGAAAAUGUUUAUUGCUUUAUCAUGGAUACCCAAAGCUACAGUCCAGGCUGUGUUAGGUCCUCUGGCUCUAGAAACAGCAAGAAUCAGUGCACCCCACUUGGAACCGUAUUCAAAGGAUGUGAUGACAGUAGCAUUUUUAGCCAUCUUGUUCACAGCUCCAAAUGGAGCUCUAAUUAUUGGCAUACUGGGGCCCAAAGUACUUACAUGCCAUGAUCCAAGCAAAAUAAAAGUGGAAUUGACAAAUUUAGAAGUUCAUUAAAAAGUUUAUUUGCUAUCACCUGCCUACUUCUUUAAUGAAUUAUCUUACAAAAGAGAAAAAUUAAAAGAUACAAAUAUGUGGAGACUGCACAUAGGACCAAGGAUUUAGUAAAUACGUGAUUUCACUACAGAACUUUCGUAUGAUUUUUUAUUCCAAAGUUAAUAAAAAUAAUAUGAAGUAGAAUGCCCUUUUACUGUUUUCAUAUCUCAAGAACAAAGUAAAUCUGUAAAUAUUCUAGGAAAGCUUAAAGUAAUCUACCAGGCUGAAGUUGCUGUUGUAUUAUAAACUAAGCAUAACAGUAAAUUAAAUGGACCUAAUGACAGAAAGGUAAGAUCGUCUAAGUCUCUAAGUAAGAGAAGUAGAACUCCCUAUCAGUUUAGCAAUUCAGUUAAAAAUAUCACCAGAUGGGAAUGUAAACUACUUACAGCCACUUUGAAAAACAAUUUGGCAUGUCCUCAAAAUGUUAAACAUGGAUCAAACAAUAUAGCCCAGCAGUUCUACUCCCAGGUAUAUAACCAAGAGAACUGAAAACAUAUGUCCACACAAGCACUUGUACAUGUGUGCUCACAGCAGCACUAUUCACGAUAGCCAGAGAGUAACAACCACCCAAUGUCCAUCAAAAAAAAGAUCACCAGAAAAAGAAAUAACAAUUACAGGAAUAAAACACACCAAGUUUAUAUGGGUCAACUAAGAAAGAUUUUACGUUCUGAUUUUACUGACGAUCUGAAUAAAUAAUUUGUUAAGCAAAAGAACCAAAGUUAAACUUGUAUUCCUUCUGCAACACUCUUCAAAUGACAGUCUGGUUUAGUACUUUUUAAAUGAAACACUAUCUGUAGUGUUUAAUUACAGAUAUAAAUUUAAAACACAAAUGGAAAAAACCAUAAUUUUUCAAUUAGUAUAAAAUACUAUAGGAAUUAAAGUCAGCCUGCAGGAAUGAAAGAUUAAUAGACUAUUGUCCAUAUGGAUUUUUCUUUUCCUUAGUAAUACAGAAUCAACUUUUAAUUCUGGCUGAUGAAAUCUGCUAGGCCAAUAUAGAAUCCAUCACAAGCAAAAUGCAGUGUCAGUUGAUUUCAAGAUUCCUCUUUUUAAAGUUGGAGGGGUAACAUAAAAGCUUCUCAGACAGCUUUAGUGAAUGGCCUCUUAGAAACUAUUCAGACUUAUUUGGCAAAAGCCAAAUGCAGGGAAUAAACAUUAAUUUGGUUUCUCUCUUCCAUUUUCUGUACAAGCAAAGUAUUAAAACAGCACAGAAUAUGAAAUUUAUACAUAAAUUUGCAAAAUGAGGCAACUAAAAGGCAACCAAAACUAUGUAUCUAUUCCUAUUAAGACUGAGACCUUUCACAAAAUAUAUAACAAAAGUUGAAACACCCAGAUAACUCUGGGAGAAUAUAAGACAGUACUGUUCUAGAAGCAUUUUCUGCUAUACUUUUACAACUUAGCAGAGACCCAAUGCUUCAUUUUCAACUAUUUUUA